AUGAAUGCUCACACUGUCGAUAUGUCUACUACUACCCUUACCAAUGCAGACGAAAAGAUUACUUACGAUGCCAUCGUUGUCGGUGCUGGUGUCAUAGGUCCUUGUGUUGCAGCUGGUCUGGCACGUAAAGGUAAGAAAGUCUUAAUUGUCGAACGUGAAUGGGCUCAACCUGACAGAAUUGUCGGGGAAUUGAUGCAACCAGGUGGUGUCAGAGCUUUGAGAUCCCUAGGUAUGGUCCAAUCCAUCAACGGGAUCGGUGCUAUUCCAGUCACUGGUUACUCUGUCUUUUAUGAUGGUAAAGAAGUUGAUAUUACUUACCCUUAUAAAGCCGAUUGUGCUCGUGUUGAAAAAGUUAAGGAUUUAGUCAAGGAUGGUAACGAUAAAGUAUUAGAUGACGAAACUAUUCAUACUGCUGAUUACGAGGAUGACGAACGUGAACGUGGUGUUGCAUUUGUUCACGGUAGAUUCUUAAACAAUUUAAGAAACAUUGCUAGACAUGAACCAAACGUUACCGCUCUACAAGGUGAUGUGAUUCAAAUCUUGAAAAACGAAAAAAAUGAAGUCAUUGGUGCUAAAGUCGAUAUUGACGGUCGUGGUAAAGUCAAUUUCCAUGCUCAUUUGACUUUUGUUUGUGACGGUAUCUUCUCUCAUUUCAGAUCUGAAUUGAGUCCUGAACAUGUUCCAUCUAUUGGCUCUUCCUUUGUCGGUAUGUCCCUUUUCGAUGCCGAUGUUCCAGCUAAGAACCACGGUCAUGUCAUUCUAGGUUCAGACCACAUGCCUAUCUUGGUAUACCAAAUCUCAGCCACCGAGACUAGAAUCCUUUGUGCUUAUAACUCUGGUAAAUUACCAAAGGACCUAAAGGCUUGGAUGACUAAGGACGUCCAACCAUAUAUUCCAAAAUCUUUGAGACCAAGUUUCGAUGCUGCAUUAGCUCAAGGUAAAUUCAAACCAAUGGCUAACAAAUAUUUACCAGCUAGAGCUAACGAUGUCACAGGUCUAUGUGUCAUUGGUGAUGCUUUAAAUAUGAGACACCCAUUGACUGGUGGUGGUAUGACUGUCGGUAUACAAGAUGUUGUUCUAUUGAUGGAUAAGAUCGGUGACUUAGAUUUCGCUGACAGAGAAACUGUUCUUGAUGAAUUACUAGAUUACCAUUUCGAAAGAAAACCAUUUGACUCUGUUAUUAACGUAUUGUCUAUUGCCCUAUAUUCCCUAUUUGCUGCUGACACCAAGAAUUUGAAAGAAUUACAAAGAGGUUGUUUCAAGUACUUCCAAAGGGGUGGUGACUGUGUCAACGUACCAGUCAGCUUCUUAGCUGGUCUAAAACCAAGUCCUUUCCAAUUGACUCGUGUCUUCUUUGCUGUUGCUUUCUACACCAUCUACUUGAAGUUCGAGGAACGUGGUUUCUUAGGUCUUCCAAUGGCUUUAUUAGAAGGUAUCAUGAUCUUGAUCACUGCUAUUAGAGUCUUCACUCCAUUCUUAUAUCGUGAAUUGCUUGGUUAA